UUUGUGAAACUCACGAAGAAGAAGGAAUCCCAUUGUCACUUCCGCAACAACCGGCCGAGCAUCAACAUGGACGCAAUGACUGAAGUUACGCCUGACUCUGGGUUUGCCGGCGAAAAUGGUGCUGCCAAGGUACAAGAGCGACUUCAGAAACGGCACCAGGCGAGGACAGAAGACGCCGAGCGGAGGAAAGAAGCUAAAGAGAGUCAGUCUGUGGCCGAGGAAAAGGGCGAAUAUUUCUCCAGCACUUUUAACAAGGAGCGGGCGUAUAUCGAGGAGCUGUUGUCCAGCUGCUCCGGAGCUGACCAGGCUGUGGUGACCGAGAAGCUGGAGGAGGUGACUGCCAAAACAGUGCAGCUCCAAAAGUUUCUGAAUGACAGCAUGUUGUUUCUAACACAGUACGACCUAAGACAAGCCCAGGCUGCUCUCCAGAAAAUCCAGACUUCCCUUGCUGAGGCCAGAGAGGAGGCCCUGCCCAAGAAGAAGUUUGCCUUUCGAUCUCGCACUAAAGCAGCAGCUAAAGUCCCUGCACAAGCAGCAGCAGCAGCCACACCUGCACCAGAUGUUGUAGAUUCAGGUAGCACCAAGGCGGAGGGAGCCGCGUUCUCUGAGCAGUGCGGCAUCUCCAACGUGAGCAACGAGUUUCUGACCAGGACAGCAGAGGAGAUCCAAAAACGGGACGUGCUGCUGACCCACCUGACCAACUGCAAGGUCCGUCUGUUCGGAUCCCCCACCACCCUGCACCUGAAACACAUCGACAGCUGUGAGAUCCUGUGCGGGCCCGUUACCACUUCAGUGUUUGUAGAUCAUUGCACAAACAGCACGCUGGCCCUCCCCUGUCAGCAGCUGCGGACCCACCACACCACAAACACACAGGUGUAUCUGCACGUCACCAGCAGAGCCAUCAUAGAGGACUGCAACGGAGUGGGCUUCGCCCCUUUCUCCUGGUCUUACCCCACCAUGGAGGAGGACUUUGUUCUGUCUGGACUAGACCGGGACAGAAACAACUGGAGUCAGGUGGAUGACUUUAACUGGCUUGCUGCAGGAAUCCCCUCCCCGAACUGGAGUGUCAUCCCUGAAGCAGAGAGAAAAACUCAGUGGGACCCCUAGAAUUUAACUCUUAAGUCCUUUACUUGUCAAGGAAAGUGUCACAUAAGCUGCUUUCAGUUCCACAUAUUUAAAGUUCAUGUGAGAUUAGUUAAAGGGAUUCUUUUAAGAGCUCUCAUUCUCAUUCUAAUCAUGGUGUGUUGUCAUUGUUCUCCUUGAAAAAAGUUUGCGUGCCAAGGAUGAAGCUGCACUUACAUAUUUAAAUAAAUAUUUGCUUCAAACAAGAAAUGAGAGUAAUAUAGAGAUGAGUGGAUAGUGUUGUGUUUUUUUUCUGAUGUAAAAUGAUCAAUUCAGUACAUUCCUUGGUCUUAAUUCUAUUUUUAAUAAAUUGUUGGAUACCGUGAGUAAAAGUUAACACCAGUUUUAAUUUUCUAAAGUCCCUCGUGACCUUUUCUGAGCACUUGUUUUGUUGGAUCAACUAGAUCGAAUCCAAAGACAUAGAUUCCACCAUAGUUGCAGUAAGAGGAAGAGUUCCCCUGUUUAAAUAUACACUAGUUCUGUAAAAUAAAAUCAAUUAAAA